AUGAGCUAUAAGUCUUCCCGAUAUAGCAACUCUUCAUGUAUAUAUGUGGGAAAUUUACCAGGAAAUGUCAUAGAAGAUGAAGUCUACGAUUUAUUUGCCAAGUUUGGACGUAUAAAAUAUAUCGAUGUAAAAAAACCAAGAGGUUCAAGCGCACCCAACGCAUUUGCUUUUGUUCAUUACUUCGAUUACAGAGAUGCAGAAUAUGCCAUAGAAAGAAGAGAUGGUUACAAAUAUGAUGGCCUUCGUUUACGUGUUGAAUAUUCAGUAGAAAACCGAGGCUAUGGGAAGUAUAGAAAAAGAGAAGAAGGAACUGGCCCCCCAAUAAGAACGGAACACCGACUUAUUAUUAGUAAUCUUCCAGAUAAUUGCAAAUGGCAACACUUAAAAGACAUUAUGAGACAGUGCGGUGAUGUGGGAUAUGCUAAUAUUGAGCAUGGGAAAGGUGUAGUGGAAUUUAUUAGUCGUGAGGAUAUGCUAUAUGCGAUAGAAAAAUUUGAUGGUUCAGAAUUUAAGGUAUAUGAUGAGGUUACAAAUAUAAAAGUUAGAAGAGAUAAGAGAGGUUCUUCUUAUGUAAAAAGAUAUAAAGAUGAUUAUUACAGUCCCAGAUAUAAAAAAAGACGCAGAUAUAGUGAUGAUUCAGGAUCAACCUCAAGAAGUAGAUCAAGAUCAAGAAAACGUAAUAAAUAUAGUAGCUCAUCAAUAGACAGAAAAAAUAAAUAUGAUUCUGAAAAUGAAAGCAAUAAUAAGGAAAAAAGCAAAUAUGAUAGAAGCAAGGAUAAAAAGAGUCGAUACAAAGACAAAAGAAGUUACAGUUCAGAUGAUAAAAGCGUUAAUGGAUCUGAAAAUUCCCCAAAAAGUGAUGAUAAAAAUUACAAGAAAAAAAAUAAGCAUGAUGAUUCAAGUGACAGAUUAAGCAAAAAAUCCAGCAAAUACAGCGAAAGGAGAAGUGGAAAUAAUAACAGUCGUAGUAAAAGUGAAAGUAGAAAAAGAAGCCUAAGUGCAGAUGAUAGAAGCAGAAGUGGAAAAAGAAGUUUAAGUGCAGAUGAUAGAAGCAGAAGUGGAAAAAGAAGUUUAAGUGCAGAUGAUAGAAGCAGAAGUGGAAAAAGAAGUUUAAGCAGUGAAAGUUUGAAAAGAGAAAACAGCUCAACUGGUGAAAAGAAAGGAAAACUAAAAAGAAGCAACAACACAUCUGAAAGAUCGAAUUACCAGAGCAAUUCACCUGAGACAAAAACAGAAAAAGAAGACAAAUAUUAUGAUGAAACAAACGAAUCUAGAAAAAGCCAUAAAUCUCCCAGCAAUAAUUCAGCUAGAGAAAAUAGCCCAGAAAAAGAAACAGGCAAUGAGGAAAAAAAGAAAACAACUGGUAAAAAGACCAAAAAAGUUACAAAAACUGUAAAGAAAACGAAGAAUGCAAAUGAAAAGGGGAAAAAGGCAAAUAAUGAUAAAACAAACAAAAAUGAAGAUGAAAACCCCCCAAAUGAUGAAAAUAAAAGCGAUGGGGACAAAUCUGUAAAUAAAGAAAAUAAUAAAGAAGAUAUUUCUGGUUCAAAUAAAGAUGAAGGAACCAAAAAAGUAGCUGCGUCAGAGGGAAAGCCAAAAAGGGGUGGAAGAAGAGGAAGAAAAAAAACUAACAUAGAAGAAAAUACUGUGAACACAGCAGAUGAAAAUGCCAGUAGCUAA